AUGGAGCCCGCCAAGCAGCAGGACCUGGACCAGCUUUCGCGAGAGGUCCGCAUUGCGAACGAGUACUACUUCCGCAGCCAUCCAGAGUUGCGGCUGCUGAUGAAGAGCUUCGUCGCUGCACUCCACGUUGAGAAUGUCCCCGCUGGCGAACUUCGCACAUUUGCAGAGGCCUUCUUUGCAGAUCCAACCCUCGCCAGCCGCAUCAAAACAGCGCAGGCAAAGUUAGGCCCGGCUGCGGAGAUGAAGGAUCCCGCCAUUCUCGAGCACAUCGAGCGUGUGUUCGAGGAGGUUGACACGGAUGGGAGGGGCACGCUCUCCCGCGGGGAGCUGCGAGCGAAGAUCCAGCAAGAUGAUCAGUUGGAGAAGCUGUUGGGCAAACCGGACCUCAAGCAAAUGUCGUCGAUGAAGAGCUCCGAGUUCUCCUUUGAGGGGCUGUUCGGCGACGCCGACAUGGACGGCAACCGCGAGCUGACUUUGGAAGAGUUUAAGCUCUCCAUCGUGCUCGCGCGCAGCAAAGCGGUCUUUCAGGCAGAAAGCGGUGGGUCGGACGGAACGCUGACCCGGGCAGAGGUCCAGAAGCGCAUCCAGGCGGACGAGGACCUAGUCGCGAUACUUGGCCUCCGCGACCUCCAGCGAAUGUCGUCGAUGAAGAUUGCCAACCCGAGGUUGCACCGGCUGCUCGCCGAGACCGACGCGGACGGCGUGGAGGAGCGCCUCACCUGGAACGAGUUCAAGUCGACCGUGAGGCCGCCUCCAGCCUCCGCACCUGUCUCCGCGGCGCUAGGAACCGGCGUGAGCAUCGUCGCGCAACCACGGAUGUCAAUGGCUGGGCGCGUGAGCGGGCACGAGGCGCUGGACCUGAAUGGGGACGGGCGGGUGACAAAGAGCGAGAAGGACGAGCUGGACGCCAACGGCGACGGCGCAAUCAGCAAGCUCGAGGCGGAUCCGUGA